AACACUCAAGCAUGCCCCUCCAGUAGAGUCUGAACAAUGGUGAUGGUCAAUCGUCAGCAAGCAUGGCCCGCUAGUAGAGCCUGAACAAUGGUGAUGGUCAAUCGUGAGCAAAACCAGUAAACCCAUGUUUCUGCUGUCAGCCAAACCAAACUAACAAUAAACAAACAAAAAAAUCCACGUUUAUGGAACCACCCACCAAUUAUAUUAUUUUUUUCUUUUUCUUUUUCCUUCAAUCCAAACACUAGUCUUAUUUUAUUUUCCUCCAUUAAAGCCCUUCUCCUCCUUUCUCCAAAGAAAGGAAGAUGGCCAAAAACACAAGAUGGGCUUCGUUGAUUUUCAGACUCUUCACCAUAUUUGUGGUCAAACUUCAUCUGGGCAUUGCUAUUCCAAGCUUCUCGAGGGACCCACUUGCCCAGCAGAGGCUUGACAGGGUUGAGAAGCUCCCUGGUCAGAACUUCAUUGUGAGCUUUGAACAUUAUUCUGGUUAUGUCACAGUCAAUGAAGAAUCUGGGAGGGCCCUUUUCUAUUGGUUCUUUGAGGCUGUUGAGGAUCCUGCUUCUAAGCCCAUCGUUCUCUGGCUAAAUGGAGGUCCUGGAUGCUCAUCAAUUGCUUACGGGGAAGCGGAGGAAAUUGGCCCGUUUCAUAUUAAGCCAGAUGCAAAGACACUGUAUUUGAAUCCGCAUUCUUGGAAUCAAGUCGCUAACAUCCUCUUUAUCGAUUCCCCUGUUGGAGUCGGUUUCUCGUAUUCAAACACAUCCUCUGAUUUGCUAAGCAAUGGAGAUAAAAGGACUGCCAAGGACAACCUUGAAUGUUUACUGAAAUGGUUUGAACGCUUUCCUCAGUACAAAGGAAGGGACUUUUAUAUUACAGGAGAGAGUUAUGCAGGACAUUAUGUUCCUCAGCUCAGCCAAGCAAUUGUAAGGCACAAUUCAGCAACAAAGGAUACAACAAUCAAUCUGAAGGGUUAUAUGGUGGGAAAUGCUUUAACUGAUGAUCGCAACGAUCACUUGGGAGCUUUCCAAUUCAUGUGGUCCGCUGGCUUGAUAUCUGAUCAAACAUACAAGUUACUUAACCUUCUGUGUGACUCCCAAUCAUUUGUACACACCUCAAAUUCAUGUGAUGAAAUUCUAGACAUCGCUUAUGAAGAACUUGGAAACAUCGAUCCAUAUAGCAUCUACACUCCCACCUGCCCUGCUAAUGUCAGCCAGUCAAAUCAACUGCUGAAGAGAAUGCAUAUGGUUGGUCGAAUAAGUCAGAAAUAUGAUCCUUGCACUGAGAAGCACUCAAUUGUGUACUUCAAUCAACCCGAGGUUCAAACAGCACUUCAUGUAGACCCGGAUCAUGCGCCAUCUAAAUGGGAUCCCUGCAGUAUAUUGGUAAAUAGAUCCUGGAAGGAUUCUCCUACAACAGUGCUUGACAUUUACCAUGAGCUGAUACAUUCAGGUCUUCGUAUAUGGGUUUUUAGGUAUCACUCAAACACCUCAAAAAAUGAUGGUUUACCCCCAUUGAAAUCAAAUGGUGAUACAGAUGCUAUAAUACCGAUAACAUCAACGCGGUAUAGUAUAGAUGCUCUUGAGCUUCCAACUGUCAGCCCUUGGCGCUCCUGGUACGACGACGGGGAGGUUGGAGGUUGGACACAAGAAUAUGAAGGGCUGACUUUUGUGUCUGUAAGAGGUGCAGGUCAUGAAGUCCCUCUUCACAAACCAAAACAAGCUCUUACACUCAUUAAAUCCUUCUUGUCAGGAUCACCAAUGCCUAAUCUCAUCCUUGUUAGUGACUCUUGAGGAUUUAUUUGUUCUCUUUGAGCUUGUUUUUGAAAUAAAGGGUUAUGGCUUAUGGGAAUUCAUAUUGUAUUAGCACAACAAGAGAUUGUUUUGAAACGAACAAAAUUGAUUCAAAAUGAUUAAAAAAUCACAUGUGAAAUAACUCAAUUGUUAAU